AUAAACUUGUUGAAUGAAUAUUUACCAAGAAUCAAGUCUAAAACACAGUACUCUACAGAUAUUAAAUCAAGUGACUCAGGCAUAGAAGAAUAUACCAAAAAUUUGUCUAAAUAUAAUCUGUUCAAUAUCCAACAUACUGCAGAUAAUUGUGGUGCUGAUAGCUGA